UCCAAAAGCCUCUCGUGAACAACACGAUGAUGACCAUUCGCAAGACCGUACACACCUUGCUUGGAUUUCCCGAUCCCGAGGCAUUCCCGAUCAAUCCUCACCGUCAACGUACCAUCCCCUCAGAUGCCGCCGGCCUCCGCGCCCUCGCCGGCGAGAUUCCGAAGCCCCGUCACGUGGUUGCCUCCUCUGCCGUUGGACCUAUCCCGAAACCCACGGUCCUGAUCGAUCCCGGGCCCUCCGGCGCCGGCGGAGGGCUCGGGCUCUGUACCGAAUGCUUAGGGUUCGAGAGCCUCGACGUCGGCAGCGGCGGUGGCGAGAUCGGAGUGGAGAAGGUUGAGAGGAGCGCAGGGGAAAGGCCACGUCGGAGGGUGGUGGCGGCUGCGGCGGAGCAGGUGUUUCCGCCGCCGUUGGCAUCGCUGGCCGGGAAGGAUGGAAGGCGGAGCUCGUUCUUGAAGGCGGUGAGGAUGGACGGUAGGAUUUUGUUGACCGAGGUGACGAUCGAACGGCCGGAGAUCAUGCGCGCCUCCCGCCGCGAUGGACGGCUGAGAUUGCAUCUGGUGGGAAGUUAUGAUCACGAGGAGGAUGAAGCGGGGGUGAGUUGGGAGUGGGGAAGAGUGACGAGGAGUGAAGGGGUGACGUGUCAGAAAGCGGUGAGCGGUAACCAUAACCAUAUCCCACAGUGGUGGAAUCACCGCUUCGUUGCCACCGCGUAGUAGUGUACCAAUGCUUUAGUUCCAGAACUUUUUCUUUUUCUUUUUCUUUUUCGAUGCUAAUUAAAAUUAUAUU